AUGGCAAAAGAAAUUAAAAAGUAUACUUCAAGUAGCCAAAUUCAGAAACCUGCAUAUAAUUUGGUUGCUCAAAAAAAUGCAAAUAAUGUUGGUAAUUAUGUUUAUUUAAGUAAUGAAAGUAUAGAUACUAAUGUAUUAACAAAUAAUAAAGUUGAAAAUAUAAAAACUUAUUUUAAAAAUAAAGAAAAUAAAAAAAAUAGAAUUAGUAUUAGAGAAUAUGAAGACAACUAUUAUGAAAUAAAGAAGAUUAAUUAUUUUAAUGAGUAG